CACAAACGUAGCCUUCGUAGGUCGAGCAGAUCAUUUAUUUGUAUUUGUUGUUUUAAACGACAAACCUACUGGGAUGAGAUCUGGAACAACUUGAGAAUCAGACAUGGCGACAGUUAAAGUGCUGCUUUUGGAAACGCUGGAAGAUUUGCUUCAAAAGGAGCUAAAAUCUUUCCAGUUUCGUCUUCUGAACGACGUUCCCGAUGGCUUUCCCCCGAUCCCUGUCUCCUGCCUGGAAGAUGCAGAGAGGCAGGAGACAGUGAAUGUGAUGGUGCAGAAAUACAACCAACAGGCUGUGGAAGUGGCCACGAAGAUUUUAGGGAAUAUCGGCAGGAACGAUUUGGCACAGACGUUGGCAAAGAGAAGCUCAGAACUAAAAGGGGAUGCCAGUGUUGUUGUGGAGACUACAAAGAUCGCAACAACUUCUCCCAUUGAACCACAGUCUUCUCCUCUUCCUCAACCUCCAACUGACAGGAGUCCCAGAACAGAUGAGAAGAUUGCAGUGCCAACGCCUCAAACAAAGAUCAUACUUUUCCAACAAAAACUCCAAUCUAACCUCCAGAGCACCUUUACGUGUGCCCCUGGGGGUAUGACAGAGACAAUGGAUCAGUAUCAGUGUCUGGAUGACAUCUUCACAGAGCUGUUCAUCACACCUGGAGGGGAGGUGCUCAUCAACGACCAGCACGAGGUCAUGCAGAUUGGAGUAAAAGGGAAGUUAGCAGGCACAGAAACACCAAUUGAACCAAGUAACAUCUUCAAUAGCCCUACUGGAAACAGCAAACCCAUAAGAACAGUCCUUACGACUGGAGUAGCAGGAAUUGGCAAAACAUUCCUCGUGCAAAAGUUUGUGUUGGACUGGGCCAAGGGAAGAACAAAUCAAGAUGUUCACCUUAUAUUUCACUUCACUUUCCGCGAACUGAAUUUACUGAAGGGAGAAAGGGUUCGCUUGGCUGAGCUAAUCCACAAAUGCAUCUGGGAAACCAAAGACAUCAACAAGACGGACCUUACUGAGAUCUUCACAAAACUACAGGGAUCGGGAAACCGUGAUUUUAACAAGAGUGAAUUCAAGCUUCUCUUUGUGUUCGAUGGACUGGACGAAAGCCGCCUUCAGCUGGAAUGUACUGGCAGUGAACAGAUGCCGGCUGAAUUUAAUGUGGCACGGUCAACCUCAGUGGAUGCGCUUCUGUCAGCGCUCAUCGAGGGGAGACUGCUUCCCUCGGCUCGCGUCUGGGUAACCACACGGCCUGCAGCAGCCAAUCAGAUCCCUCAACGCUUUGUCCAAUGCAUGACAGUGGUGAGAGGAUUCACUGAUCCACAGAAGGAGGAGUAUUUCAAGAAGAGGUUUCCAGAUGAAGAGCAAUCGAGAAAAAUCAUCUCCCACAUCAAGGCAUCACGGAGCCUCUUCAUCAUGUGCCACAUCCCCGUCUUCUGCUGGAUCACUGCUACAGUUCUGAAGGACGUUUUGAAGAAGAGAGGACAGGCAGAGCUGCCCAAAACCCUGACCGAGAUGUACACAGAAUUCGUGGUGUUUCAGAUCACCCUGACAGCUAAGAAACAUGGCACAAAAAAGAGCAUUCAUUACAUCCAGUCAUUGGCAAAGCUAGCUUUUCACCAGCUGGAGAAAGGCCACCUGCUCUUCUAUCAGAAAGACCUGAAAGGCAGUGGCAUCGAUAUCCGUAGAGCUGCGGAGUACUCUGGAGUUUUCACCCAGGUCUUUAAAGAGGAGCAUAGGUGGAAGAAAGACGACAAGGGCAAGAUGUUCAGCUUUGUCCACCUAAGCCUUCAGGAGUAUCUGGCUGCUCUUCAUGUGGUCAUGUCAUUCAUUAACAACAACAAUAAUGUACUCUCUAAGCUGACACUGGAAAAACUUUGCAUGCCUUGCAAAAAGAAGAAAUGCAUAACAGAAGUCCACAAGAUUGCCAUUGACAAAGCCUUAAAGAGUUCAAACGGGCACCUGGACUUGUUCCUGCGCUUCCUCCUGGGCCUCUCCCUGCAGACCAAUCAGGAUCUCCUCAAGGACCUGUUGACGAUCCCAAAAGAGUUUUCCGAGGAUAACCAUCAAACAAUCAAGUCCAUCAAGGAAAGGAUUAGGGAGACUGAAUCGUCAGAGCGGAGCACCAAUCUGUUUUACUGUCUGAAUGAGCUGAGAGAUGAUUCUCUAGAGGACGAGAUCCAACAGUACCUGAGUUCAGGAAGGCUUUCAACAAGAAAUCUGUCCCCUGCUCUCUGGGCAGCUCUGGUCUUCAUCCUACUGUCAUCGGAAGAAGCCCUGGAGGUGUUUGACCUGAAGAAAUACUCUGCUUCUGAGGAGGGUCUCCUGAGGCUGUUGCCAGUGGUCAAGGCCUCGAACAAAUCACUGAUGAAUGGCUGUAAACUGUCAGAGAACGUGUGUGAAGCUCUGGCCUCUGUCCUCAGCUCUCAGUCAUCUAAACUGAGAGAGCUGGACCUCAGUGACAACGACCUGCACGAUUCGGGAGUGACACUUCUUUCUGCCGGACUGAAAAGUCCACAUUGUGUCCUGCAAACUCUCAGACUGUCCGGCUGUAUGAUCACAAAGGAAGGCUGUGCUUUUCUGGCCUCGGCUCUGAAGUCCUACCCCUCCUGUCUGAAGGAGCUGGACCUGAGCUACAAUCAUCCAGGAGAAUCCAGAGCGAUGCUGCUGUCUGCAGAACUGGACUCUCUCAACCUCGAUUAUGGUGGAGAGGAAAGAUUGAGACCUGGGCUUCAUAAAUAUGCCUGUGAACUCACACUGGAUCCAAACACGGCACACUCAUUCCUUCAACUAUCCGACAACUCCACGAAGGUAACAACCGUAAAAGAGGAGCAGCGUCGUCCUGACCACGAUCUGAGAUUCAACUGCUGGCUUCAGGUGCUUUGUGGCUCUGGCUUGACUGGUCGCUGUUACUGGGAGAUGGAGUGGGAAGGCAAAGUUUAUAUAGCAGUGACAUAUGCUGAAAUCAGACGGAGAGGAGAGGGAGCUGACGGCUGUUUGGGAGCCAACGAUCACUCCUGGAUGCUGCUCUGUGACGAUGACGGUAGUUACUCUGUCCGGCAUGAAGACAGAACUACGAACGUCGAGUCGUCUGCAGCGGCAAAUGAAAAAAACCGAGUUGCAGUGUUUCUGGACUAUCCUGCCGGGACUCUGACCUUCUACAAAGUGGCCUCUGACAAACUGAUGCCCCUCCACACAUUCAAGUCCGAAUUCACGCAGCCUCUUUUCCCUGCGUUUGGGUUCGGGUUUGGGAAUGGAUUUGAUGGCUUUGGUUCGUCAGUGUCACUCUGUGAGGUGGAAGAUGACCACUUUUCCUCCCGCUGUUGAGGGAAGACAUUGGACCGAUGACUCUGGACUGAAUCAAAAGACAAUGGGCCUCCUGAAAUCAUUAUUAUUCAUUGUUAAUAA